AUGGCGGCGAUGGAAUAUGGUCGCAGAAUAACAAAACAGAAGAAGGCAGCAAAAGAACGCAAUGAAGAUUGUGAAGACGUGUUCCUGAAGAUUAGCCAUGAGCAUAUUGAAAGUUUAUGGGACAAGAAAGAUAACCUCCAUGAAAACAGCUGCUAUGUUACUAAUGUUGAAGCUACUGCAUAUGGUGGCAAGCAGGUUCCUCAUAAUCUGUCAGUAGCAGUAAAGUAUAUGCCAUUCCUUCUCUUUUCCAGUCACAUCCAAGUACAGCUUGGCAAAACCAACCUGGCACUCACAGAAUCGACACAGCAGUUGAUUAAUUCAGCUAAAGUCAACAGUCACUCUGGCUACAGCUCCAAAACACUGGUCAAUGACUUUAUGCUCACCAAUCUUGCCGAACCAGCCCAUCUCAACAGAGCUGACCAAACAGUUCCUCUGCCUGCCAGCUGUGUGGCCACAGAAAACACAUGCCUAAUCUCUGCCUGGAGCAACACACUCACAAUACCAGUGAGUACUCUGUGA